CACCGUUUCUCCACUCGGUGUACUUCAUCUCAAGAAGACGGGAAGGAGUCGUUGACUAGUUCAAGGCGACACCAACUAUCGUAUCCUGGUGGUGUGUGUGUGGGAACGUGGCUCACCUCCGUGAUUACAACAGGAAGGACAAGAACAGAGUAAAAAAAGCAUGAUGGAGCCGGAUGCAGCCCCCGACGAAAAGGACGACCAAGUGUCGGAAGUCCUGCCAGUCACUCCACCGCCGCCGACGUUACCGGUAGAUAGCUCCCGAUUUGACCUGCAGUCGUUCUCAACACCACCCUCUGCCCUCGCUGGGGACCUCAUGGCCAUGGCUUCCAACACCCGUCGGAAAACGAUCCAGAAUCUGUGGGGGCACAUCAAAGGCAAGAAGCCCGACACGGUCGUCAAGCCCCGCAGCCAUUAUCGGCGUGGCACCAUCUUCCUCCAGCACUUGGAGAGACAACAGAUCGCCAAGGGCGGUGGCGACAACAAGUUCUUUGAGCGCAUCAAGUCGCACUACGAGCACGCUCACAUGAGCACGAGCACCAUGAUCGGGCUGUCGAUUUUUCAGAACGGCGUCAACCCCGUCGACGAUCCGUUUAUUGUCGACAAUAUGCCGCUGGAGAUCCAAAUCGGGUUUCGACGGAAGCUGUUUGAGCUGUUUUCGAUGCAACUGCUCGUGGUCGUCGGGCUCAUCGCGGCCUUCUCCAACAUUGCCGGACUCAAAGCGCCGUUCGUGGAGUUUUGGCCCCUCGUGGCCAUCUUCGCCGCCACGAUCGUGCUCUUGUUCGCGUUGUACUUGAAAAAGUACAACUACCCGACCAACUUUGUCGUGCUGGGCGUGUACACUGUGUGCAUGUCCGUGUUCCUCGUCGGCGUCGACGCGUACCUGGGCAUGCACGUCAGCCUAUUUGUGUUCGCGCUCACAUUUGUCGUCAUGUCCGUCUUGGGGGUGCUGUGUACCAUCAAAAAAGCCGACGACACGCUCUAUGGCUACAUGCCGAGCGUGGCCGUGGCAUUCGCGGUCGCGUUCGCCGUGGCAAGUCUUGUAUACUUUACAGCGCUCCGAAACGUGUUCAGCACGACCACGUUCUUCAUGUGCUGCGCCACGAUUUUGGUUUUGUCGUUCUGGUUCGCAUAUGACGCAUCAUGCAUGAAUCAGCGCCUGAGCCCCGACGAGUACAUGCAAGGCAUGAUCUUCUUCUACACGGACAUGGUCAUGUUUGUCAUGUUUGUGGGCAUGGUUGCGUUUGCAUUCAUGGCGUGCGAAGGCGACGUGUGCUGCUGCGGGUCGGCCGAGAUCAUGCCCGUGUACCCGUUGCGAGGAGGAGCCGCAGAAGACGACGAGAAUGUCCAACCGGACGGACACGGAGAAGCGACGCCACCAAGUGCCGUCGAGAACGAAGACAUUGUCGACCGAUAGGUUUAGAGAAGAAGCACACGAUCAAUUUACUGCCUCUCCUUUGAUCCUGCCAGUGCAAAUUGCACAUCCAUCAGCGUGUAUAUAUAUUAUAUAUAUACUAAGCAUAUACUACUACACCA